CCUAGUUUCGCGUAAUCUCGCGCGUUUACAAGUUGCAACAUGGCAGCGUCCGGAGAGUGGUUUACGUCCACGACAUCACCUCAAAAUGCAAAUGAUUCGGCUGUUGUUGACCUCGAAAAUGGUGAAGAUCUUUCAGACUACGAAGUAAAUUUUGGAGAAAGUGGUUCGGCUCACCAGUUUUCUCAGGAUAAACAGAAGUCACAAUUCUCACAGGGCGAACCAGAGAAUGCUCAAACACAUUUCAGAGAAAAUGUCACUGCAUUUAUGUGGCAAACAGGCAAGCAGCAGGCAGAAAAGGCCUGGAGCUUGUAUGGAAACAUUGAUAUUCUCCGACCCUACUUUGAUGUCGAACCGUUUGAAGUAAGAGACCGGUUACUGCAUUCAUUGAUUCCCAAAAGACCAAGAGAAGGUCCAAUGACAACUCCAGGAGAACUUUAUGGGCCACUGAUGGUGGUGUUUAGUCUUAUUGCACUUCUGCUGUAUGGAAUGAAAUCUUCUGGCCACACCGUGCAAGAUGGCACUCUCAUGGGCACAGCAUUUGCAGUAUGCUUCGGUUACUGGCUAGGAGGCGGUUGCUUUGCCUAUUUCAUUGCAUACCUCAGCAAUACACGCAUGAGUUUAUUGCAAAUGCUUUCAAUGAUGGGCUAUGCACUAUUUGGGCAUUGCAUUGUGACAUUCUUAGGAACUGUGCUUCACACUGAUGCACACCUCUUGUUCUAUGUGCUGUGGGGUGUACUUGGUGGCUUAUCCGCUCUGAAAAUGGUGGUUGUGCUUGUGUCGCGUACAUCUGGUGGACGACAGAGACUGAUUGUGUGUGCCUGCGUAGCUGCCCUGCACCUGCUCUUUUUACUCUAUCUCCAUUUUGCAUACCAUCAAAUUGUUGAAGAACUCGAGGGGCUGGGAAAUCAUCCACUAAUGCCAGCCAGAGAGGCCAUCCCCAGUUUGCCUGAAGCUGUCAACGACGCUCAUAUUAAGUCAUUGGAUGUAAAUCAGGACUGAGAGAUCAAGGUAUUCGAGAGUAUGUGAGCAUUGCUUACACGGUGCUACUCCUGCUUUGAAAGAGAUGGAUGCUGCUACCCGCUGCUGCCUGCUGCUGCCACGACUAUUACUACUAGAGCUGUGGAUACUGCUGCUUCUGUUGCUAGUUAUUGGUCAUAUUAAUCGAAACAGCUGCGUACGUUGCUAUUUAUAUUUAACUGUGUAUUAAUGUGUAGUCUUGAGCAGCAGCAAUGUUUCUGAUUACCUGUUUAUAGUUUGUACUGAAGGCUUUCUAAUAUCGGUAUAAUUGGUGGCAGAAAGGUGGAAAGGUGGGUAGGUGGUGAUUUUCCUGUCGAACAAAUAUUAUCAUAACUGUGAGAUAGAUACUGAAGUCUUGUAAAUAAUUGGGACCAACUUAAUGUGGGUGGUUGCUGUGUUUUAUUUUGUUCUUUAUUGCUAUAGAAAAAGACAGGCAUUGUAUUUCUGGAAUUUCCAACUAACUAGGAUCACCUUAAUCUAUGCUACUCAUAUAGAUAAUUAUAUGUAUUAAUCUAUACUAAAAGCAAUAUGGCCGUGUAUGUGCUUGGCUUGCACCUUUCUUCCCAAGCUUGCUGGCCCAAUUACAACCAGACUUGGCAAGCGUACUCACUGGGUGCCUAACUUUCCUUGAGAAAGUACGCCAUACUAGCAUUAACAUGGAGCCAACGUACUUUCAAACCUAUAACUUGAGUAAAAUAGGAAGCUGGCACAAUCGCUUCGUAUUUAUUGGAAGUAAGUGACCCAGUAAUACGGUUGUAUCCAAAGGCGCACAUCUUGAUAUGGUGUCUGUAGUAUUACUUGUUAUAACUUACUAAAUAUUUUAGCUGGUUUUCUCCUUUUCUACGUUUGGUCUAGAUAAAAUCUAUAGGUGCGACUUAAACUGGGCUGAUUUUGAACAUUUUUUUCAGUUUUUGUUAUAUUUUAGACAUUUAUUAGACAGGAAUAUUUUGUCGUGAUAGUUUAUGAUACGACUCGGGUUAAUGCCUUUAUAAUGCAAGACUAUGGUCUACUUGUUACAUGUUAGGUAUUUUUUCUGAUUUGGGAGUGCUUAAUGCUAUCUCAUAUUUGGAAUCACCUUGAACUCGUGAUAACAUGUCAAGUCAUGAAAGUAACAUGCCAACCUGCAAUGAGAUAUGAUUAAAAACUCCCAUGGCGCUCUUAAAAAAUAAUAUCAACAUUUUCGCAAUCAGUUUCAAUUGUAAUCACAAAUAAAAGCUCAUUAGUUUACACACACACACACACACACACACACUAGUUGCAUUUCGUUGUGCUCGUGACGUCAGUGGUGUCAUUGUAUAAUGAAACAAGCCAGAAAAUGUCUCAGGGAAAUUUAUAGAUUUGUUUAGCUGGUAUUCUAAUGGUGUAAACUGGAAAUGUCAUGGCGAAAUCUCCAUGUAAAAUUUCCUACUCUGAUUGCAAACGUCAGAGAGUUAUGCAUUGAUAUUCCGUGGUUUCCCUCCGGUGUAACAUGUGUUCCGAAGUACGAGUCGAUAGCAAUAACUCUCAAAUUGUUAAAAAUAUCUGUAAGCGAGAAAAUGGCCUCCACCACAUGUUCUACAUAUAUCUAUAAAUAUUAUAUAUAUAAACCUCUAUAUACAUACAUCUACUAUCGUACGCAUACAUCGUAUUUAUAAGUGAGUGGCAUAGAAUUGCAAGCAUGCAAAAUUGAUGAAAAUCGUGUUGUGGUGAUACAAGGAAAAACUGGAUCGUGUGAAGAAAAAAAUUAAUUGCUAGUUUUCAAUUCGUUACAUUUCAGUCAGCAAUCUCUUACGUCAAAAGUUACGCAUGUGGGAAUAAGUAAGUAUUGAUUAUUUAUCGCGUGACGUAACGAACAUUCUGUGGGAGUGGUUACGUGAUAUAAUUCUGUUGUUAAUCUUGAAAAUAUUUUGUGUUCAUGAGAAUAAAGGUUGUCAUUAAAAGUAA